AUGGAAGACUUUCGAAAUAACUUUUUUAUGCAAAACGACAAUGCGGAAAAACAAAACAUUCAGCCCUGCUAUGAACUUGUGCAACAGGAGUUAACAUUGAACGAAGGGUUGUGCAAUUACUUCCACCUUCUGUACGAUUAUUCUGAAAGACCUGAAAACCAAAAUCAAGAGGAUUCCGAAGGCUGGUGCAGUGAGCCGCAAAAUAUAUUCGAAGGCCCGGCCGAUACAAGUACAGGAGGAUCUGCUGUAAAUAGUGAAGAAGACAGCCGCGUCAGUUCAGCUCGUAAGGAGCGCACGGCGUUCACGAAAGCCCAAAUCCGAGGCUUGGAGGCGGAGUUCGCGCGCGCCAACUACCUCACACGGCUGAGGAGGUACGAGGUGGCUGUGCAGCUGCGCCUCACUGAGAGACAGGUAAAAGUUUGGUUUCAAAACCGAAGAAUGAAGUGGAAAAGGAACAAAAACGUGGCUAGACAAUAA